UAAUUGAAGCAUUAACUCACAAAAGCACUUUGGAAUAGACAUCUUAUUUUAGUGAAAUUGUGAAAAAACGUAAAUCUCACAAAUUAUUGGUUGGAAUUUUAAGAAUAAAUAGUUCCCCGGAUUGUUGCAACACACAAAAAUGUCGGCCACAGAUCAAAUGCGAGCCAUGCUUGACCAAUUAAUGGGCACCACACGCAAUGGAGAAGACGGAGGUCGUGGCUUGAAAUUUUCCGAUCCCCGUGUAUGUAAAAGUUUUCUUUUGGAUUGCUGUCCACACGAUAUAUUGGCAUCGACACGUAUGGAUCUGGGAGAGUGCCCAAAAGUGCAUGACUUAGCUUUCCGAGCAGAUUAUCAAAGUGCGGUAAAGUCGCGCGACUAUUACUAUGAUAUCGAAGCUAUGGAACAUUUGCAGGCAUUCAUUGCUGACUGCGAUCGACGCACAGAAGCGGCCAAACAAAGACUCAAAGAAACACAGGAAGAAUUGACAGCUGAGGUGGCAGAAAAGGCGAAUGCUGUUCACGCUUUGGCCGAGGAAAUUGGCAAAAAGUUGGCAAAGGCAGAGGCUUUGGGUGAAGCUGGUGAGGUUGAGGAGAGUAUGUCACUUAUGAAGGAAAUCGACGAUCUGCGAGCAAAGAAAAUCAAAGCAGAACACGAAUACCGAACCUCAAUGCCCGCAUCCACAUACCAGCAACAGAAACUGCGAGUUUGUGAAGUUUGCUCCGCCUAUUUGGGUAUACAUGACAACGAUAUACGCCUGGCAGAUCAUUUUGGCGGUAAGUUACAUUUGGGCUUUUUAACAAUUAGAGAAAAGCUGGCCGAGCUGGAGAAGACGGCAGGACCACGCAAAGCUGAACUAAAACGCACUGGUAAGAUCCAUGAGCGAGAAGGUGAUCGCGCAAGAUCACGUUAUUUUGUAGGUGGCCGAGAAUUGGACCGCCGUUCCAGGGUACAUCGGUCCCGAUCCCGGGAACGCCGACGUGGAACCGAUACAGCGUCGUCAAGCGGUGCUGGUGGUGGACGAAAUAACGAUCGCAGAGAUCGCAAUGACCGUAACGAACCCCGCAGAGGUGGUGGUGGUGGUGGUGGUGCUCGCGGUAGCCCCGAACGAAAGAGAUCAAGAUCACGCUCUCCUCGCGGACGCAACUAUAACAACAGAAGAAGGUCAAAUUCCAGAGAUCGUUAUCGUCGCUAGAACUACUGAACUACCACAAAGUCUAUCGUAGCUUCCGCACUGCUAAGGAGACUUACAAGACGGCACUUCAUGCGGGAAAGGAUCAUUUCAUAAGAUCAAAAUCGUAUUUUUAAGUCUAGACGACAUUUCUAUAGCACGUAUGUAAAUUUAUAUUUUGUUUUCAAUUAACCAAAUUGUCUACAUAUUUAUCUUGUCUCCUUAAUUUUCAAAUUAUCCACACAUACCACACACACACACACACAACCCAACAUGAAAACAAAAAAGCAAACAAUGAAAAUCUAAAAACAUUAUUUUUAGAACUAAAUAUAAUGUCUUACAUUAUUAAUCUCUUUA